UGUUUGAUCUUGUUUAUCUUGACAUAAUCUGCUCUGAAAAUCCUGUUCCUCAAUAGAAUCAUAUGUCAACUUUUUCGACAGUUUUUGUUCAAUUUUCUAUGCGUAUGAUCUUCAGUUUGAUCAUUCAAUUUUGGGAUUUAUGGUACGGUUUAACUUAAAAUAGGAGUAAUUCAUGAGUAAUUAUUGGCUAAUUUUGCCAAUUUGGAGUGAUUUUGUAGGUUAGGGUUUUGAAUUUUUCGUUAUCAAGCAAUCCCCAAAUUAGAGUUUUCGCAUUGGGUUCUUUGAUGACGAAUUGAUGAGCUUGAUGAAUUUGAUUAAGAUUUUUUUAUUGUUAGGUUAUCUUACUUAAUGAGAAAGGUAAGAAUUUCUUCGUUGAUUAUGUGGUAAUAUGUGCCGUUUUUUGCAUCUUCUGUUUUUGUUGAGGUUCAGUGAUUUCCAAUGUGCCUGAACUGAUUGUGAUAUGUGAUUCUUUCUGUAAAUCGCUGUCCUUCUUAAUACAUAUGCUUAUGACUUGCUGGUUAUAUUUGCGGGUUUUGAGCUUGUUACGAGGUUCUAACUAGAAAGAAAAGGGUAAACCUUAAGAGGAAACUGAGCUGAGACACCCUCGCAAAGGUCGAGCUUGUCUAUUGAGCUUGAGCUUGAGCUUGGUGUUCAGGCUUCAAUCAGCCGUAGAUUGAGAGUAUUUGGCUCUUAGCUCGGAGAAGGUUGAGGAUCUACAACAAUCUAGACCGCAGUAGCAAUGACGGAGUAUUGGGUGAGCCAGGGCAAGCAUUGGUGCGACUUCUGCAAAAUAUUUAUAACAAAUAAUCCAUCAACAAUUAGAAAUCAUGAACUGGGGCAGCGUCACAAGGAUAGUGUGGCCAAGCGUCUUGUUGAUAUGCGCCAAGAGAAGGCUGCUAAGGAGAAGCAAGAAAAGGAAACUGCUCGUACCUUGCAGCAAAUCGAAGCUAAAGCUACACGCAGUUAUCAGAAAGAUAUAGCAUCUCAAGAGGCCAAGCAGUCUCAAGCCCCUGAUGAUUUUCUAGCUGCUGACACAGCUUGGGAGUACAACAGCACUUCAGGGUACUAUUAUGAUCAACUUACUGGGAUUCAGUAUGAUCCAAAGUCUGGCUUCUACUACUCGGAUGAUCUAGGCAAAUGGGUAACGCAAGAGGAGGCAUUUACAGCUGCUAAGAAUUCUGCUGGCUCAAAACAAAAGGUGGCUUUGAAAAAGCAAUCAGGUCAACCUGAUGAAAAGAAAGAAAGUGGGCGUGCACCUGGGCGUGUGGUCUCAGGGUCUCUAAAUCCUAUAAGAUCAGUAAAAGGUGCUCAGUCUUCACUUGCUGUUGGAAAGAGGAAGACGCCUUAUGAGAAGCCAAAGGCCGUACCUGCUGAAGAAGCAGCUGCACUUAAAGCAAGAGAAGCAGCUAAGAAGAGAGUAGAGGCCAGAGAGAAGAAUAUGCUUGGACUUUAUGGUAAUUAAUAAUACAAAAUUACAGUAGAAGAGAUCUCUUUCAUCAAGUGUUCACCACAAGACCUCUCUUCAGACUUUGAACCUGUGAUGUCGAGAUUUGGUGGCUAAAGGUAAUUGUCACCUUUGCUUUCUCUUCGUAAAGGGAUUUUAAAACCAUCCAAAUUCAUACCAUCAACCAAUAUGGUGAAAUUCGUACUACCAACCAAUAUGGUGAAUUUGUACCGUCAGCCAAUAUCGUUUUGUUUCCAAUGUUGUAAUUGUACCAAGACUCAAACUAACUACUCCGUAGUACAAAAAAAAUACACUUUCGUAGUGGACUUCUGUUCUUUUUCUCCA